AUGGAUGAAGCAAUCUUCCUGCAUUCUUGCAAGUAUGUUCAUCGCGACAUAAAACUCACGAAUUUUUGUAUUGGAGCGGGUCCACUGGCAACCCGUAUAUUUUUGAUAGAUUAUGGUGAUACCGUGAAACCUGGGAAAAAGAUAAGAUAUGGGACACCGGACGCCUACACAUUACCGUUUUGGAGCUUGGACGCGCAUAAACGUCUGGCUGCCCGACAAAAGGGUGAUGCUGAGUCGUGGUUCUACAUGCUAAUUGAAUUGUGA